AUCAUCGUCGAUCGUCGACCAGGCAAAUCACAAGACAAUGAAGAAAGAAACGGCACAAUGGCGUGCUGCGUCGUAUGUUUACUCAAGGGAUGGUAACUCUCCUAUUCGAGCAAUUUGACGAUUGGCCUUUGGCGGUGGCAACCAAGAGGCUUCAAAUGAAUGACUUUGCCUCGACUAACUACACCGUCGACAUUAAGGCAAGUCAAAGCAACUUCGAGGGUGGCAACUCGAAGGCUAAACGAGCACUUGGCCUCGACGAUCAAGCAGAUUCGGCGACAAGGGCAAGUCCUGCGUUCGGUGGCAAGUAGGGCUGUGUUGGCAUUCGCACAAGUCCAACGGAACGGUGGUGCGACCUCUAGUAGAGCAGCUUGAGGCUCGAAAUGGGAACUUCGCCUCGACGAGAAAUAUUUCGGUGACAAGAGCAUUCCCUGUCUUCGCGUUCGACAAGACGGUUGGCCAAGACAGGCUUCGAUGUCCAAGGAUAAGAAGCUGACCAUGUGUAUAUGUACUCUCUCCCCUCUUUCCGUUUGUUUUCAUGUUUAUGUUAUCUUCUCUUGUUCCUUUUUUUUUCGCUUUUUCUUUAAUUUUUUCUCUGGUGUUAACUUCUUCGCCCUAGUCAUUGUACUAGUGAUUUUUUUGAUGCGCGGGGCGCGCAUCUUUGUUUGGCCGGGGAGGUGUUAUGAUCUGCCAUUCCUGGCAGCUCAUAAGACUAUGUUGUCUUCUUCUUGUCCUUUCUUUUCUGUUUUGCAGUUGUUUUCCAAUUCUUUCUGUUCUUGCGCAAUACUUGUGUCAUCCUCUGGUUUUCCCAACUCUUUCUAUUCUUGCGCAACUCCUGCGCAACUCUUGCAUAACUGUUGUUCAGCUUGUGUACUAUAUAUAGCCGUUCACUUUAUGCAAAUAAAUAUGAGAAGUGAGUAGUACCUCACACAAACAACAAUUCUAUUUAAUAUUUGUACAAUUUUAUCAAAACAGAAUAGUAAACAUUGUUCGAACCUUCUUAUAUCAACACUAAAAAGACAUAAUGACAUAUUUUCAAAUGUUUGUUUAUUUAAAUUUCGUUUAUUAUUGUUAAAUGAAUUAUCAAAAAAUGAUGAAGAUAUCAGUGGUGGUCUACACGUGUUGUUAAAUUUUCAAAAUUUAACGAAUGAUGCAAUUCACAGCUUAAUGGAAUUAAAGAAAAAAUUUAUAAAAAAACGUGAUCAAAGCGUUAUCUUUGAUAAAAUUAAAUCGGCCACAUAUCAACCUUUACGAGAAUUUAUUCGAGUAUUACUGGAUGAGAGUAAUCAUAACCUAGAUGCAUUGAAACAAGUUCUUGAGCAAUGCCUUGGUCGAUUAAAGAUUUCUGAAUUGAAAUCGGUGGAAUAUCGUAUUAAAUUAUAUUUAAUACAAGCAACAAUUUGUAAGUUGGAGAAUGAACCAGUUAAAGCACUGGAUAUUUUGCAUGAUGCAUUGCUGUGUUACCCGCACAACGAUGUUGUCAAUUGUCUAGUCAUAUUUAUCAACGAUAAUGAAUUUUAUCAAACGUUAAUUAAUCAAAAUAACUACGAUUUUAUUGUGUCAGGCAAUAUAAAUCCACCUACGACAAUCAUGAAUUUGAAAUUUCUGAAAAAAGAUAAUCAGUUAACAAUGAUAAAAAAAUAUGAACAAUCAGUUAUCAAACACAUGCAAAAUAACUUAUUACAAUCAGCAAUAUCUUACAUUGAUUUUUGUAUGGUUGCUCGUGGCGAUGCAACAAUGAUUGCAACAAGUAUGUUAAUAGCAUGUCUGUAUUUUCAUAAAUUAAUGAAACAAUCACUAUCAUCGAAAGCUGAAUUAUAUGCAUAUCGAUCAGUUAUAUUUAAUUUAUCUUCAGAAAUAUUUCAGAUGACAAGACAUUAUUUACCAUUACAUUUAGAAUUUUACAUAUACAAACUGUUGUUCACAUUAAUCUCACGUUCAAACGAAUUACUCAAAGCAUGUUGCUUGUCAAAAACUAAUUUUCGCAGAACAACUUCUGAAUUAAUUAUAACAAAUAAUCAUCGUUUUAUACUUGAACAAUUAUUAACAAGUAUCUCUCGUGUCGCAAAAGUAUCAUCGUUUAUACAGUUACCAACAUCCUCAGUAUAUGAUACACUGUAUUUGAAAGCAACUGGAAAAAAGUUUCUUGAAAAAUAUUUAAAAUUUAUGUCAUCCAAUAAUUACAUCUAUCAAUAUAAUCUGUUUGAAGGUAUCUGGAAAGGUUGGAUAUCAAAUGAAAGUUUCAAUGAUGAACGUAUUUAUUGCAUGGAAUUAAUAUUAGAAAAUCAUGAGUGGUCUAUGAGCGAUGUUGAAUUUAUACUUCAGUAG